AGCCGCUCGCGCGCGCUCUCCGCCGCCGCUGAUGUCGGUAGACUGGCUUCGCUGUGAGCUGGCCGCACGAUCCGUUUUGUGCCGCGCGGCUGGCGAAGGCCAUGGCCGUGUUGUGUCUGCGUUUGGUGCCCGGACAAGCGUCCUAGCGCGCCGGCCGCCGCUGUCACGCCUCGCGCUGCGCUGUCAAAGGCUGGAAAGAGCGUGAAUUUGCUCUGAAGAGUCGGACUGCGCGGCGUGCUCGCUGGUGUCAGGCGUCGUCCAGUUGGGCUCAGUUUUGUGGACGUGCCAAUUCGAAGAAGCCUCUCCCAGCCUUGUGACAGUGUCGUGGACGUUGAGGCUUUUUAGUCGCCUAGUCCGUCGUGUUGACGCUACGUCGCUGUUUCGACGAGUCAAAGGCGACAGGCGAGCGAAAGUUGGCCAAAGGGUGCCCCUAGAAGAAGAAGCGCUCUGUUGGCCUGUGGCGGGCGGUGUGACGCCGUCUGAGCGAGGAGUGCCAUGGGCCACGUGAUCGUGACGUCGCGUACCCUGCUGUGGACCCUGCUGACGGUGGCCACUGCGCUUUCCAUGCUGGCGGCCGUCAUCACGCCCGCCUGGCUGGUCGGGGCGCCAAAGCGGCCGCUCAUACGUGGACGCCUGUCCGGAGCCACGAUGAGGCCGCCGCAGCUCUACAGGCCCUCCAUCGGCCUGUACAAUAGGUGCGUGAAGCUGCACCAGAUCGACGAGCUAUUCACGGACAACUGUGCGCCAUUUGUGACGUCACUGUCAAUGCCGUCAGACGAGUUCCCCAGCCCGUGGAAAGCUUCGCUGGCAUUCUUCGCUAUUGGCCUCGUGCUGAUGGCGAUGACAGUGCUGUCUGCCGUGCUCGGCUGCUGUGUCCAGAGCGUGCUGAAGAAGAGCAUCUUCACCGUGUCGGGCACUGUGCAGGCCGUCGCUGGUUUGAUGUUCCUGCUUGGGCUGCUGCUGUACCCAGCUGGCUGGGGCACUCGGAGAGUGCACACAGUGUGCGGGCCUCACUCGGAGCCUUUUAUGCUCGGUGGAUGCUCUUUAGGCUGGGCAUUCUACCUGGCCAUCGGAUCUACCCUCGUCACAUUUGUCUGUUCGGUACUGUCAGUCCAAGCUGAGGUCUCCACGUCGAGCGACAAAGUGCAGGACGAAAUCCUCGAAGGGAAGAGCCUCAUCUGCCUGGUGUAGCCAUGACAUCUUGUGCCGCACUUGCGGCCUCUGUCGGAAAAACAGACUGCACCGUCCCACUUGUGGCCCAUCGUUGUUUACACUCUGUCUGAAAGUGAACGCCUGUUAUUUUUUAGCGAAUGGCUGUAGCGCUUGCAUACCAGUUGUUCACUUGUAAGCAUGGAAAAAAAAAGCUGCUAUCUUUUCCUCGGUCUUCAGAAAAAAGGAUCCGGCAUUUUACGUAUUUUUUUGUGCAGAUGACCAACCCUAGCAUAUAAAAUUGAUACAAACAGCCACAACUCUCAUAAUGCUUCUCUUAGAUUAUUCAAAUUCAUUGAAGUAAAUUAAGCAACUAACGAACUUGAAGUUUGCAUGUUUAAAGAGAAGCUGUCACUGAAGCCUUGGUCAUUAUAGCAGAAGCAUAUAGAUAAACCUGCAUUGUUUGUUGUUCUUUGUUGCAUAACAUUUUUUAAUAGUCAUGUUUCUCUUGCGACAGUUGCAGUCGACUCUACCCACACACCAGCUGCUUCAGUGCAGCGAGCGUUGUUAUGCAGCGCCUCACCUUAAUGCGUCACCCAAGAACAGUGUGGAAAAUCAAUACGACUGAAUCUGCACUCCAGUUACAUGAGUAACCACUUCUUAAAAGUGAAUUUUAAUGAGGCUGUAGGCACAAAAAUGCAACAUUCACAAGCUUCACGCAAUUUUGUAAAAAUGCUGCCCACAAAUUGUCAUUGUGUACUCUAGGACAUAAAUCAAUGCACUCAUUUGUUUAAGUUGCUGAUAAAGAAAUACUUUCCUGGUUAUAUGUGCAUGAAACACAACAUUUCUGUUAAUUUUUAAGCUGUUUACUUUUGAGGAACUCCCACAACUAUGUACGUGGGAGUUAAUUUUGUCGUUAAUGCUAGCUGUACCUGUCGCAAGAGAUUUCUCGUACCUGGUAUAGAUGUAGCGAUCGAACUAAGGGAUGUUGCUUGAUUUUCUGUGCCGCUACGAAUGUUAACAUUUUCACAAAAAAAAAAAAACGAUGCGGAAUCGCGGAUUAUUGCACACUAUGUGCAGUAAUGCAGCAUAGUUUGCAUUUCAGCACGAGCAGCUACAUUACAGUGCAUUUUUUCGCAUUAUUAAUGUAACGUUUAUAGAGCGACUGCAAUGCGAGGAUGUUGAUCAGCGUUCAUCGUACGUAGUUUACUCUCAUCUGACUAGCUGUGAAGGAGCGUGUUUUCUUGCAACUCGCUUGAAUUAAGUAAUUUUUUAUGUUGAUGCGACUUUUCUUGUUUUCCGGACGCUAGUGAAUUGAGCAGUGCAGUAGCGCUUGUAUUUUUGACAAUGCUUCAAAGCGCUUACUUGUGUGAAAGUCUCAUGCUAAAUCACUAGCUCGUUCUCCGCGACCCUUCAGAUGGAGUGUUUCAAGUAAAAACAAUUGUUCACUAGUGUUUCAAGGUGUGGUCACAUCGCUUUUGUGUGGAUGUAAGAAGCACAUAUCAUGUGGGAGCCUUAACGUAAACAUGUGUUCAUAGAAAUGUAGUGGCGAUUUUUUUAUUUGACGUCUGAAUGAGUAAUGUGCUUGGGUUCAUGUUUUUGGUCACUCAGCCCAUUCUUUGACAUGGACACUUAAGAAGUAGAACUACAAGCGAGCCAUUCAGUAAUGCGUGGCCUAAAGUGACACAAGCACUUUAAGAGGCCGUGGCAACAUUGUAUAAAGUCUUCCAAAUCCAAGCUGCGGAGCAGACAGCUGUGGUGUUGUGCCGAAGAACAAAUCAUUACUCGUUUUAUGUAUUGUUCUACUUGCACCUGUUGAAUGAGUGUUAGUUUUCAUGACACAUUGUUUAAAAAAAACACAGCUGUUGCUAACCGGCACAAAAUUUGAAAGGUUUGAUUGUGAAAGAGCUAUGUAUGUAGCAGUCCAGGAAAUCCUUGAAUUUGAAAUAAAGUCAUCAUCCUUCUUUUUAAAGUUACCAAUGAAAGCCGAAGGAGGGACAAAGAGCUUUACGUAGCUGCUUGAAAACACUUGCACACUUACAUGAGCGAGCAGCUUUAAGUUACUAUCUUAUAUAGAGAUGUACGUUGUUAAGAAUCUCAUGUGCACUUGUAAAAAUGAAGGCAUAAAAAUGGAAGAGCUGCCUUAUAUGCUGUGAAGACUGAAGAAACGGUAGGGCUAGUGGCGUUCCCCUCCUUCUCACCCUCGCCCCCUUUCCUCCCUGCUGUGGGCAGCCUCCCUGGUUUCUCUUUCCUCUAUUUCUUGUUUUCUUUAUGCCUUUCUCUUCUACCUCUCACCCACUCGAGCUAUCGCAUCUCAUGCCAGACAAAUUGGCGCAGCAUGACAGUGUGCAUUGGGCAUACAUUUUCGGUACGCAAAGACGGAAAAGAUAAUGUAGAGAGCAAAUAUCGGGCGAGUUAUUAUUGCAUGGCAAGCACAAAGCACAGCUCAGCAAGAUGUUUUCACCACACACCAUAGAUUAUUUCUGCAAGCGCAGGCAUCUGUGCUGUUAAAAACGAAAAUGUUGCCCAUGAGUCGCGAAGCUAUCUUGACACAGCUCUGUCGCACGUCGUGGCUGCUCCAUAGUUUUUAAGGCACACAAGCUAAUACUAAACUGAAAAUUUCACUUGUCCAUGGAGCUAGAAGACUUAGAAACAUCACUAAUGCAACAGUAGGCUAAAUACGUUAACAAUGUCUCUGCCUUUCUCUAGUGCGACUGCAUGCAAUUUUCUUUCGUGCCAAAACUUCCUGCCAAGUACGUCGCUAAAAGUUGUGACAGUUGCACAGCAAUUCAUUUGUAUUACCAAAGUUGCUAGAUUUGAAACGUGUUUUCUUUCACGUCACUGCAGCAGACACUAGCAAUCACUCUAGUCUAGUUUAACAUAUGUUAAGUUGUGAUUUGUGCGGUUUGUUCGAACCUUUGGGCUAAAGUUGCAAAACAAGAUGCAACUAUCAAAACGUUAAUAAUUUACAGAUUAGAGCCAACAAAGAAAAUUUAUUUGGACAGUCAGUGGUGUAUGUCACUUGUAUGUGACUGCAUCAGAACAGUUUCAUAUGUGUAUGAAAAUGUGCGGAGAUUACUUUGAAUACCUUCAUUUAGCCUCGUGCAAUUUUUGGUCUUGCUGAAAUCUUGGCUAAAGUGCACCAGUGCAUGUUCAGAAAGAUGACCAAAGGGCAUCUCAACCACCUUUAAUCGAGCGAAAGACUAGCCCCUGUUGUACUAUCCUUUAUGUGACCUUAAAGACAUUCAUUAAGAAAAUGGUUCUUUACACAUUGUCGUUUUGUGGUUGAAGAGAUGAAAAAAAAGGGGGGGGAAUGCUUGAAUGUGACGUGAAACUAUGUGCUGUGCAAACAAGCUACACGUCCCACGCACCCUUGCAAGUUGGACUGUUGUUUAUCACCUGUUUUAUGAAUAGUGCAAGAUCUUUUUGUGCUUGCUUGUCUGAUGACAGAACUGUUGUAUUUUGAAUAUAAAAGAUGUAAAAAAAAAUUGUGCAUUUACAUCACUG